GCAAAUUCGUGGUAUCUGUUGAAUGUCGCUGAAAGCCAAAUACAACAGAAACUCCACCCGGAAAUUGAGUCCGCUAUCAAUAAUAUAACGAGCAGUGAAUUCAUGGCUUUUUACUUUUAUGAACAGCUGGCAUGGCACUUCAACCGCGACAGUGUAUCGUUGCCAGGUUUUCACACGUUUUUUAAGAAACGUGCUUGCGGUCUAAGGCGUAUUGCUAGAAAGUUCAUGGAAUACCAGAACAAACGUGGUGGUCGUGUCAUAUUGACCGACAUUCAGACGUAUCCAAAACAGGACGGCUGGACACCACUGGAGGCAUUGGCGAAGACUAUAUUAGUGGAAACGGGUAUAACACAGGCUCUCACGAAACAAAACGCAUUGGCCGAUAGCGUUAUCGAUCUGAAGGAAUUGUCUGACCACGUGACUCAAUUGCAACGAGCUGGCCCAGGAAUCGGCGAAUAUCUAUACGAUAAAGAUUCGAUAAAUAAUGGAUCAUACUUUGACCAUGUUAAUCGGGACAAUUAU